AUGGCCGAUACCAACACUAUGUCGACCUGUAAGAAGUGCCAGAAGGAGGUUUCGGAGGCGGACUGGACAGAGUGCGACCGCUGCGACGUCAAGUACUGCUCCAAGAGCUGCCUGAAUCUCCACUGGAAGAACCACAAGAAGGCAUGCGCCAAGAACCGGAACGACCGACCAGUGCCACAGGCCACCCCCCGAGGCAGUGGCAGCGGCGGAACCGCGUGGUCGCCGAGCGAGCCUACGCCCAGCCGCGGCCUCAACCAACCCAUUCUCGGCGCCUUCACCAAGCUCGGCCAAGGCACCUUCUUACACGACCGCCCCGAAGUCGACGUCUACCGCGUCCUCAUUGACACCUACCGCCUGCGCAUGGAGGACAGCUUCAACAUGGACCAUGCCGCAAUCCCCAAGUCCCUGUACUGCAACGGAGUGACGGAUGCCACCGAGGGCUUUCGGGAGUUCUUGGCCCGCGUUGGCCGUGUGCGAUCACUGCUGCCGGCGUGGUGGGAUGGCGAGAAGCAAACGGAGUGCGAGACGCUCGGCCACAAGGCCGAACACAAGUGGUAUAGCCUCAAGAACAAGGUCAGCAAGGGCGACCUAAUCCAGCACUACAGGGACGACUACUUCCCUAUGCAACUUCGGAUGCUGGGCGAGACCAUCUAUGGCAUUGGCCCUGGCGGUAGCAAUGGAUCCAAGAUGAGGCAGAUGCUGGCUGACAGGGAAGCCGGAACUUCGCAAUUCAGCCACUUCACCCACUUGGAUAUCUCGAGAUAG